AUGUGGGAUCCAACACAUGUUCAAGUAACGAUCCAAAGGGCUCGUGGAUUGCUGAUAAAGGGUAAAAACGGUACCAAUAACUGUUUUGUGACCAUCGCCCUCGGUAAAGAAAAAUUCCAGACCUCCGUCAAACACAAAGCAACUGAGAAUGUUGAAUGGUUAGAGGAAUGUGAACUCAGCAUACCUUCGCAAGGGAACACUGCUGAGGUUGUGUUAAAGGUUUAUGAUGAAGAUUUUGUAAAGGACCACUUACUAGGUCAAGUAUCGAUUCCGUUAAAAGACCUCGAUGUUUAUGAGCGACCAAGAAACCGUUGGUAUACUUUGCAGGGCAAACCAGGUAAGGAUAGUGAUAAGAAAAGAGGCGAAUUAGAAGUAAAAAUCGGUUUUACGGUGAAAGAAGGAAGUCUGAAUGACCUAAGUAAGAAAGAAAAACAUAGAUCAUCUUUGUCUAGCAUUGCACAUAAUGUUGGUGGUAGUCUUAUGAGCAUAGGAAGUAUUGAAAAGAGAAAGGGCCUUAAAAAAUUUGCCAAAAAUCUGGGUUCAAAAAUGAAUUUGAAUAAAAAGGACAAAAAAAGUGAUUCAUCAUCUCUUAGUGGUAGUAUUGGAAAUUUGAAAAGCUCUGCACUAUCAACCCCUGAACACUCUACACCAAAACAUCUACCAGCAGGUGAGGCUGAUCCUGGGGUUAUUAGUGAAGAUGAAGAUGAGUUUGCCUUUGAUGAUUUAUCUCAUAAAAGUUCAGGCAGUUCAUUAAAUGUCAACACUUUGCCCCGAGGACAUAAAUACACUCCAUCUCCAAUGAAUGCUUCUCUCGAAAAUCUUGGUGGAGGUGAAAUUUUAAGAAGAUCUACUAGUAGCAACUUGGCUAAUUUAGAUAAAACAGCUCCGCAUAAACCAGUGCGUUUGAGUCUCAAUUUAUUCACACCUCCACAAUUACCUUCACAAGUUGUCAACAAAGAUGAUGAAUGGUCUCAAAAACUAUAUUCAAAGCCAAAAUCUAACAGCCAAACAACAAUUGAUAGAGAAAAAUCAUCAAGUCUUGAGAGAAACAACAAGCUGGAUAGCCCUAGUUCCUUUAAAGAGAAACCGAGCCCAAAAUUCUUUAAAAAAUUUGGCACUAACAAUAAACCCAAAAAGUUACUGGAAGAACGUAUCAUUGUUGGAGAGGAAAAUAUUGUUGAAGAGGAUUCUAUAAACCCAGCCUAUAACAGCAUCCCAAAAACAGUGAUAGAGCAGUUUGAUGGCAAAUCCAGAGAAGACCUAAUUGUAAUGAUUUACAAUAUGCAAAAAGAUGCAGAAUCAGAGAAGAAAAAGAAUAAAGAUUUAGAAAACUACUUGGAUGAAUUAUUGCUUAGAGUAAUGGAGACAACACCAAGAAUUCUACAAAAUCCAUAUGUCAGGAAUAAUAGCAUGCACAUAAGAAAUAAAUAA